AUGGCCCCGUCAAGUAGCAGCGCGCCUUCUUUACUUUUGCUGCCGGCGCCGCCGCUCCCCCUUGACCCUCACUCUCUGGCCGCUGCCUAUCGACCGCCUCUCACGGCCGUCUUCAAGCGCCUCACCACUGGCAUCGACCUCAACAACAACAUCAACGGCAGCAGUAACAACAGCGAACCCAAUCAAAAUCAUAGCAGCCACGUCCUCGUCAUUGCCAUCGCAUGUCCUCUCCUCACCGGCCCCGUACCGAGGCGCAAGUCCGUCAACUGGAAGGCCGCCCAGUCUCUCCUCGCCCGCGUUUACACGCUCGCCGCAGUGGUUUGCGAUGAGCUGGACAUUGACACAUCAGGGGAGCCGGGGGUCAGAAGCCUCGAUCCACGCAUUGUUUUGGUCGACCACGAGCGCCGCAGGACGUACCAGCGCAACUAUGAUGGAGAGUACGAGGCAAACUGCACGCCCGUCUUGGACCUGGCUGCCUUCGCCUCGACGGUGCAUCCCUGGAGGACCGUCUUCCACCCCAGCACCGAGUCUGGCUACGAGCUACUGAGCAAUUUUCUUCAAUAUUCAGAGGGGAAACAGGUUCUCUUGCAGAAUCAACUAGUGGCUGUGGAAGGCGGCAUCACCAUGUCCACCAGCGACACGCCCCCCGCCGCUCAGGAGGACUUCAUCGAGGGCCGUGACGUCGUUUGUCUUGGAGGCACCUUUGACCAUCUUCACCCGGGACACAAGCUUCUGCUCCAUGCCACCGCGCUGCUCAUGCGCAUCCCGGACAAGGACGCCGGCAGGCAAGCCGUCCUCAUCGUCGGCAUUUCAGGGGAUGAGCUGUUGAGGAACAAGAGGUACGCAGAGGUGCUGCAGCCGUGGGGUGUGCGCGCCGCCAAGGUUUUGCAGUUUCUCUCCACCAUCUUCAACUCGGCUUCCUCUUCCAACACGGGCUCGUCCCCGCCCACAUCCACUCACUCUCCGCAUGAGCUUCAUGCCACGUUCCGCGACGGCGCAGUGCUGGUUCGGUGCGUCAACAUCCACGACCCCUUUGGGCCAACCAUUUCCGAGGAGGCGGUGGAUGCCAUUGUCGUGUCUGGGGAGACACGCAGCGGCGGCCAGGCCAUCAACGACAAGAGGGUCGAGAAGGGAUGGAAGCCUCUGGAGGUGUUUGAGAUUGAUGUGCUUGACCCGCACGAGGCGGAUGAGGACGGCGGCGGACCGCAGACCAAUGGAUUUGCCUCCAAGAUUAGCAGCACCGCCAUCCGGCAGCGCAUCGUUCAAGGCCGGGUCCCAGCUCCAGUCGCGACACCGUCGCAGUAG